AUGUAUCAAAUCAAAGCCAAAGACGUACAAGGCAAGGGAAGCUGGCAAAAGCAUCAAAGCACUGUUAGCGUUGGCACCACCGGUAGCGGUAGUAGAAGUUGCAGAAGUAGCAGAAGUGGCAGAAGCGGUGGCAGAAGUGGUGGUAGCUUCAGUAGUAGACUUAGCUUGAGUAGAAGCAGAAGAUUCGCUUUUAGAAGCAGAAGAUUCGCUUUCGGAAGCAGAAGUAGAAGCGACAGUGGUGGUAGCACUGGAGGCAUCGGCAGCGGCGUCAGCAGCAGACAUUUCACUGUAGACUCUGGAAGCACCAGGGAAACCAGCCAUAAAGGCGCUGAAGUCAGAGGUUGGGAAAGCGGUGGUCAAGGCACCGAAGUUAGUGGCGGAACCGUAUUCGUUGGCAAUGGCCAUAAGGGAUUGGACAUCGGCAGUUGGGUUGGCUUCAACAUAAGAGAGAUAUUGAGCAGAGUUGACAGCCAAGUCAGAGAACAAGGCGCUCAAGGCAGCUGGUUCAAUAGCAGCGACAGAGGCGAUCAAGGUGAGGAAAGCAGCGGAGAAUUGCAUGAUGAGUGGUUAAUUAAUUAUUAUGUGGAGAAAGCGGGUUGA